ACAAAUCACUCUGCAACGAGCGUAGGCGAACGCCGUAUUGGUUAAAGUUAGCUGGCCAGGGGAUUCCGUUCCUUUCAACUGUAGAAACCUUAGGUAUUAGCAUUCGUAGGAUUCUGUAGAGAGGUGGCACAGCCUCUGCAACCAGUACUUUUCUUUCACGUUCCUACUUCUGAAACUUCCAUAACGCAAAACAAGUUCCGAGUUCCGAGAAGCAGUUCAAUUUAGGAGAAGAUUAUUACCAUUGCUCACUGGUUUCAAGAAUUGUUCAAAGUGUCUCAAACAACAGUAUUAGCGGCUGCGCCUCAGUAUGCUGAGGGACCUCCUGUCAAGAUGCGCAACUGGACGUGGACUCAGGUAUUUACCACCCUGACAGUGUCCAUGUGUUCCAUGAUGAUCGGAUUCGUAACUGGAUACACUUCGCCUGCCUUAAUGUCCAUGACAACUUCCGAACAUUAUCUUCCACUGUCAAGACAAGAGCAAUCAUUGGUAGGAAGCCUGAUGCCACUCCUGGCUUUGUUUGGUGCAAUGGUCGGAGGUCCUCUGAUGGAUUUAUUGGGACGAAAAAUCACCAUUAUUGGAACUGUUGCGCCUUUUAUAGCAGCUUGGCUGUUGAUAGCAUUUGCUUCUGGUGUUGAAAUGGUCUAUGCUGGUCGAUGCAUUUCUGGCUUCUGUGUUGGCGUUGCGUCAUUGUGCAUUCCCGUUUACCUUGGGGAGACUGUUCAGCCAGAAGUGAGGGGAAGACUCGAGUUGAUGGCUUCAACAAUUGGAAAUGCAGGUAUCCUUCUAAGCUUUGUGGGUGGAAAAUUUAUGGACUGGUCGAAGCUGGCUCUAGUUGGCAGUGUCGUCCCUGUGAUUAUUUUUGUUUGCAUGCUGCUCAUACCAGAGACGCCAAGAUGGUAUAUUUCAAAAAAUAAAGUUACAGAAGCCCGUACUGCUCUGGAGUGGCUUCGAAGCAAAGAAGCGAACAUUGAUCUGGAGCUUAAUAACAUUCGAGAAAGCCACAGCCAGUCCGUAAAGGACACUGGAAACACGUGGGAGCUGUUCAAGAAGCAUAACUUAAAACUUCUUUUUAUAGCCAUAGGGCUCAUGUUCUUCGAACAAAUGAGUGGAAUAGAUGCAGUUAUAUACUAUACUGCAUUGAUAUUUAAGGCUUCUGGAAGCACUAUUGAUGAUAAUCUAAGUACAAUAAUUGUUGGCGUAGUGAACUGUACCUCAACCCUCAUCGCAACCUUUUUAAUUGACAACCUUGGACGAAAAAUUUUACUGUACAUAUCAGCAGCAACCAUGACCGUGUCACUGACAGUACUUGGCACAUUCUUCUAUAUGAAGGACUCGGGAUACGACGUCACAGAAUACGGCUCUAUACCACUUACCAGUUUUGUAUUUUUCGUGGUUGGCUUCUCUCUUGGAUUAGGUCCAGUGCCUUGGUUAAUGCUUGGAGAAAUCCUUCCAGCGAAAGUUCGAGGACCUGCAGCAUCGCUGGUUACUGUCUGCACUUGGGGAUUCGCAUUCAUAGUUACAAACUCCUUCUUGCAUGUUAUCAAAAUUUUGGGCACAUGUGGGACAUUUUGGAUGUUUGCCUGUAUCUGCUUCAUUAGCAUUGUAUUCGUAUUUUUUUAUGUGCCUGAAACUAAAGGCCAAAGCUUGGAAGAUAUUGAAGAAAAACUAAGAAGAGCCCAUAAUCCGGUUUAUUCUAGAGGUAACUCCAUUUUACAAGAAAUUCAAUGAAACGAUUUUUCAAAUUUAAAAGCAUACUAUUAUUCUCAUUAUUGUAAAACAAAUUUUAUUUAUUGGACAAUAAGGUCAAUAGAAUACAACCCUACUUAAGUGAACACAUGUAACUUACCCAUUAUAUUUUGGAAAUAUGUGGCUUAUUUAAUGGACACUUGAUAACAUAACAAAAAAAUGUCAAAUAAAUGCAAAAUAAUUAAUUUAAUGUGACAAUUUGUGAAAAUGUUUAAAUUGUUAAUAUUUGUAUGAUCUUCUUGAUGCUGUAGUUAUUAUAUUCGGUAAACUGAUUAAAAAUAUUUGAUAGAUACAAUUUUUGUAA